AUGCAAUAUGCACGUGUAUGUGUGGAGGUCGACCUAACUAAACCGGUUCUUGAUAGCUACCGAAAUGAGGGGAAGAAAUAUUACAUCGAGUAUGAAAGUCUCCACAAUAUUUGUAUGGAGUGUGGCAAGUAUGGGCAUGCUAAAGCAUCCUGCCCUCGCUCUUUCGACCUGCUUCACCAACAGCUACGGAGAAGUCACCUCGCACUGAGUAUAUAUCGCUUGUGCCUACCACUGCACCUGAACCGGUCAUUGGAGAGUGGAUAG